UUUCCAGAAUCGGUAAUGGGAUUUUUUGGGAGUUUCAUUUCAAGCAAAGUGGCACAAGCCACAGAUGUGACAAAGCAGGCUGCACAGGCUGCAGGAAUCACAGACAAAGUCACAGAAGCCACAGAUAAGACCUUAAGCACAGAGGCUGAUAGCGUAAAAGAAAAAAACGUCAUGGAGGAGAGUGUUGGUGAUGAAAAGGUCGCUAAGCAUGAUGCGCUUGCUUCCCACGCAGAGCAGAAGUCUGGUCAGGGCUGCCCCGAGACCAAAGAGGCGGUUGGUACGGUGACACUUUCCGAAAAGGACGAUGUGAGUGAGCCCAAGGGCACUCCAUCAUCUCAAGUGGAAAAGGCAGAAGCAGAGUUGAAAAAUGAAAGCGAACCAGAGAAAGAGCAACCACGAAGAGGGUUUUUUAGCAAUAUCAUGAGUGCCACAAAAGCCUCUUUGACUAGGGCUGCCACUGUAGUGAAGGAGGGGUCAGCCAAGACAACCACUGACCCAGCUCCUGAAGGGGACGUGGCCAAGGAAGAGGGCAACAAGGGUGGAGUUUCUUGGAUUUGUCUACAAUACCCAGCUAUAAUAGCCUUUCAUAUUGCUCAGGGAUUUACCAGUGACGACUCAGUGUUUCUCAAGUGUGAACCAAGUGACUCUUAUAUUUGCAAUAUAGAUGACUGGUGCUAA